GAGAGAGAGAGAAUAACGAUAAAAACGUCAUUUUAUCUAUUUAGUUAAUUUCCUGUUUCUGAUAUUUCCCACCGAUAGAGACAAGUUCUUGCCAGGCUGCUUGUUCUUUCGUUUGCUAGUUCCAUAUAACAUAACCUAUAGCGGUUAAGUUACGGGCUUCAGGUAUAUUCGCUGCCGUAAGCGAUACAUGGCACGCACACACACAUAGCCGUGUAUAUGCGCGUACGCGUACGUGUGGUCGAGGAUGUUGGAUGGCGAUUGGCGGCUGUUAACAUGGCCGACCGAUGCGCGAGUUCAGUUGCGCAGCUGACAAUUUUGUCAAACUUCUCCUAUACUGACUGGGUUAUAUACAGUAUUACAAAUCAUUUAAUAAUUCCAAGUCACUUUGUUCUUGAUUUUAGAACAAUGUAUCUUCAAGAAUUAUUGUUGUCUUAUAUGUUGUGUGAGAUUAGUGAAAAUAUAUAAACGUAUAGAGAGCGUAAAAGCGAAAGGUGGAAGAGUUAGUGCAAGAUAGAGAGAAGGAAAGGAGGCGUUAAAAAGAGGACUCGUUUAGAGGGAGGAAAGUGCUAACGUGUAGAGAGGGAAAGAGAAGGACAGUGGCCGAUCUGCUUAUUUCGAGAAACAUACCUAUUUCAUGUAACUCUGUAUAAUCAGUUAUCAAUUUGAGAAGAUACGGUUCGAGCAGUGAAUUAUUUUCUUAAGCAGAAGAAAAAUCAAAGUAGAAAGAAUAAUACGAAACAUCUUUUCAUUUCGAUCCUAUCGUACCGAGACGAUAUAAUAUUAUACGCGAAAAAGAAAAUUCUUCAAUAAAGAGAAACGAAGAACGAUCAAAGGAAAACGACGACAACGACGACUAACGUAAUAUACUAACAAAGAAAAAGAUUUCUUUCCAUCGUUGAAAUCAUGCUAAUUUGUCUGUCACGAGGAGGCGUGACGAGUCGUAGGUCGCAAGAGUUUCGAGCACGAUUCUUCUCGUGACCGAAUUCUGAAGUUCGGGUGUGUACGAAGUACAUGGUGCGUGCUUAAGUACAUAAAAUUAAGAAGAAACGAUUGAUUGAACUUUAUCUCGAUGAACAAUAUAGCUAUUUUGGAAUACAGUUAACUCUGUCUGGUGCAUCCAAGAUAUUCGGCUAUGGUUGUAGCCAGUGGUGGAUGGGUACAAUAUGCCAAUUAUCCUGCUGCUCAGAAUAAUAACAACCUGAGCUUGAACAACAUGCAGGACAAUAAGAUGGCACCAAAAGUUGUCCUGAUUUGCAGGGACAACUCUCAUCCGUUUCAAGAUCGUACUCUGACUUUGGAAGAGCCUGUGAAAAUAGGUCGUUCGGUGGCCAGGGUAAGAGCUGCCCCAAAUAAUGCAAUCUUUGACUGCAGAGUGUUGUCAAGGAAUCAUGCAUUGCUUUGGUAUUCUAGUGGCAAAUUUUAUUUACAAGAUACUCGUAGUAGCAAUGGAACAUUCAUUAAUAAUCAAAGGUUAAGUACUUCUGGUCUAGAAUCUGCAGCAGAAGAAGUUUACUCCGGUGACAUAGUUCAAUUCGGAGUGGAUGUUGUGGAAAAUUCAAAGAAAGUCACACAUGGUUGCAUAGUGGCUACGAUAAAGCUUUUUCUACCUGAUGGCAAAGAAGUUAAAGCUAGUCCAAGCACAGCGGUUACUCCAGUAGGUAGUAAUGUUUCUUUGGAGGAUUUAUAUAAGUUGUAUCAAGUAAUACAAGAAGCUUCUAGAAGGGAAAAGGCACUUAAUUCUAAAUUAGGACAUCUUCAACAAUUGGUAGAAAAUAUUCGCAAAGUUACUAAUCUAUCAUGGAAAGCAUUGAUAACCGAAGACCGGUUACUAUCAUGGGUUGAGACUGUUGAAAAUCAACUUGUUGUUUAUUCAAAAAACUAUACCGAAGAUAAAAUUAGAAAUGAACUUGUUAAACUUCAAGAAGAAAAAGCACAAUAUCAAAAUACAGCGAAGGAAGCAUUACAAAGAAUUUUACAAGAAAAGCUGGAAAUUACUAAACGGUUAGUACAAGUCGAAACCCAAUUAAGUGAAACUGAAGAAGAAAAUCAGAGUUUGCACAGUGUUUCAAAAUAUGCUCAAAAUGAACUACAAGAACUUAGUGUUAAAUAUGCUGAACUACAAAAGGAACUUAAAGAAACGAAUACUAAACUUUUGGAAACUGAAGAAGACUUAAAAGUAGUGAAGCAAAAUGCGGAGCUAGAAGUACAAGUUACAUUGAAUACAUUGAAGCGACAAGAGGCAAAAGAACAAAACUUGUUGGCACGAUUACAAAUGUCUAGAUUAAGCUCGGCUCAUAUUUUUAAGCAGAUCACUGCCCUGAGAAAUUAUAUGCAAACUUUGCAAGAUAUGGAUCCAAAAUUAUUAACUAGUGAACAUUUUGAUUCGAAGGAUGGCGAAAAUCCUAUCGAUGCUAUUAAUGCAAUUUUGAAUAAGUUAAAUUCUAUUAGCCUUGGCAAUCUGGAAAUGGAUUCUGAAAGUAAUUUAAAAGAAGAACAAGAUAAUCAAUUGAAUUUACAAGAUAUAGAUUCCAAUCAAUUAAAAGUAGCAAAUUCCGAAUUAUUUAGUUCGAAAGAAAAAUUGGACGAUAUGCCAAUGGGACUUGAUAACUCAGCGGAGUACAUUUUGCCACCUCCAUCUAGAAGAACAUUAGUGAAUGGAAAUGCUAACUUAGACAAUGCAGAUAUUAAUUUGGAUACUGAGAUAGACUCCGAUGCAACCGAUGAAACAUGUAGUAUUGCUAGUGACGAUGUCAGCAUAAAGUCAACUAUAGAAAACAAAAAAGAAGAACAUGCCUUUGGAGAAACUAAAGAGAUAUGUGUACCUCAUAAAGCAGAAGUUAGAUUUGCAUCUAAUGAAAAUGGUGAGCAGUUGGAAGUUUAUUAUGAACCGACAGAACAAAUGGAGAAGGAGAGUGAACAAUUAGAAAAAUCAAGCAAUGCCAUAGAUACUGAAAAAUCUUUCAGAGAAAUAGAAAAUAUAACAGAGAAGUAUGAACAAAUCGAAGAGAAGAAUGUUAAUGAAAAAGUUGACUUAAAUAAGGACUGUGAGGAAGACCAUUUAGAGGGAGAUUAUAUUAAGACAUUAAAGCCUAUGACUAAGAAUGAAAGUAUGCAGCAGAGUUUGCAUUCAAAAGAAUACAUAUUGCACACUCUAAUUGGAUCUUUUGAUUCUUUAAAAGAUGAAGACAGUCUAGAAGCGCAACAAGUGGUCAAGCAGGAAUUAGAAGAAUUAAGAGACUCGUUGAUUCAUGGACCAACCGAAAUUAUUAUGGAUAGGUUGAAAGAAUUAUAUUAUCGUGCAAAAAAUGAGGCUCAAAGGAUGCAGGAAGUUAACGAAGAAUUAGUAAUAGUAAAAGAAAAGUACAAUGCCUUUUUAAUCGAAAGGGGAGAACUAUUAAAAAAAUAUACGACAUUAAAACAACAGUGUGGUGAUCUGCUAAACGCAACCUACACUGUGCCAAUACAUUACGUUGUUCCGAUUGUAAUAGCAUUAGUGUGCAUGUUGCUAGAAAAGAUCUUCUAAUGUUUUUUUUUUUUUUUGCUUUUGUAAAUAAUUUUCUUUAUCAUAAAUAAUAUGGCUCCUUUUUAAUUUUUUA